AUGGAUCUUGCUUAUGGUUUCUUCAGCAGUACUGAUACCUCGUUCUGCAGCUUACCUGAUCCGACAGUAAAAAUUAAACAUUUCACUGAUUUCAGAAGAAGUGUUAUGCUAAAAGGGUUCAAGAAAUGCUGCCUGAAGCGAACUGGAAAAAUUGUAGAUUUACCUUCUGCAGCGAAGCUGCGUAGGUCAGGAGUGAAGUUUAAACGUAGUGAAGAAAAAUUUUUACUUAACAUAAGAUUUGAAAAUCGACUUUUCCCAUGGUUGAAUUGUGGAGGGGCUGAACUGAAAAUACCAAAUCUGGUACUAUACGAGAACACAGAAAAGUUACUUCUGAACGUGAUGGCUUUGGAGCAAUGUGUCUAUCCAGAUGAUGCACUGGUUUCAUCUUACAUUGAUCUAAUUAAUAGUCUUAUUAAUACUAGAAAAGAUGUGGAUUUACUUGUUGAUGAGGAAAUAAUAAGCAGUUUUCUGGGAGACUUUGCUUCAGUAGCAAAUAUGUUUAACAGACUUUCCUUAGAAAUUCGUAAGAGAGAUUCUAGUUACUAUGGCAUUUGCGAGGAUCUGAAAAAGCACUAUAAGAAUCGUUGCAACCAUACCAUGGAAGCCUUUAUACGUUGGUUCUUUGAUCCCUUGAAAGCCUUUGGCCCUUAUAGCGCUGGUGCUUAG